CGGCAAAACAUGAGCGAAGGAAAAUAGCAGAAAACUUUAUCAAUGAGCAAUGAGCGACCUAACCAGCGAAAAAAGUAUUGAUCUACCGGUUCUUGUGAGGGACUCCGACUUGGAAAAGUAUCCGGAAUUUAAAAAGCUGUUGAAAACUUUGACGAGAUACGUCGCAGAGGACGGUACCACAAAAGAAAUAAAGCAAGAUUACACCAAGGUGAAAGAUGCUUUACGACAAGAAAAACUGCAAUAUUUCCAAGCUAAAGUUGUUUAUGAAGAACUAAAGGAAAUCGUGUUUGAUUAUGAAACAAAUAAACUUGCCCAAGAAUCUGAAUUUUCCACUCAGACUUAUAAGGCAAUGAAAGAAGCUUUAAUAUCAGCUGAAGCUGUGGACUACCUGGAUUUUAAUCCGGAAAUCAGUGGCACGGAUGUGACGCUUCUUGGUUUGAAAGCUGACAGACUGCAUCAGAGUGAUCCAAACAAAAUGUUGCUUCAGCAGGGGAUUAUACCUGAGCUGGAAAAUCGUCUUAAAUCAAAAUGUGAAGAAAUUGCCCAGUACCACGAACCAUCAAAAUCUAAAGAAACAGACUCAAAGUUUGCUUUUGCCAAGGCAACACAAUUUCCUGCCUUGCUCGCGGAGGAAAAGUCUCAUUUGCAGGAGGACAAAAAACAGAGACAAGCUGACAGAAUGUUGAUGAGUGCACAACACGUCCAGUAUUAUCAGACAUUGGUGCGUUCUUUGGAGGUGACAGAGAAACUCAUCACCCAAUACAAGCUUGAGUGGCAGACGAAAUAUGAUGAGAUAACCAGUGAUUGGUUGGCUGCAAAAUGUCAGGCAAUGUGCCUCAAGAUAAGGGUCUUGCAAAACCAGUUGCUUUGUGACACAUACUCGCCAGAAUCAGUCACAGCCUUGAAACAAAUCAGGCAAAGUCUUCAAGCCAAGGAAAAUGAGACAAAGAAAGAACUACAUCAUGUAAUGAAGACAUUGAAGGCAUACAAAUCCAUUGGGAUGGGAUUCGAUGACCUGGUUGAACUGUAUGGUGAUAUCAUAGCAGAGAUCGACAACAAGAAAUGGGCUCUGACUGAACUACGCCAUGGCGAGAACAAUGAGUUGAAUGACUUAUGGAAAUAAUACAGUCGAAUGGAAGAAUCAUUUAAAUAGAAAAAUAGUAUACUUGGAAAGUGCACCAAACUUAAAACUAUGCUUAGGACUGCUGCUUCUUACCCAGGCCUUUCGUUGGACACAGUUCAGUGUCAUUAUAUAGAUCAGUAUCCUUGAUAAAUCGUUAGGCAAAGGUCUGUUAACACCUGCAAUUUUUGCUCCUGAUAGAUGUGAGCGAGUGGGACGGAUCACGGAUGUUCAAACGAGGGCGCCAACCUCGUACCCAGGGUCUUUACGAGUUUGCUUGGGCACUUGUACUCUUGUACAUCCGAGAAUUGAUAUACUAUUCGCUCGUUUGCAUCCUUCAAAGGAUGAAAAUUUGUAGUGACAUUAAAGUUAUGCUCCUUGAAUUCAAUUGGGAGUCAUAAUUUCAAGGAAACUAAACUCUUGGCUUUGAGAGGAAAUUGGGUUACAUGGAAAGUAUACACCCUGCAUAGCAAGAGGCUAUUUUGCCUGCAAGCCUCUCAAUUCGAAAAAAUUACAACUGCAUUUUAAGAUUAAUGCCUGUUUACAUGGAGCGAA